CGGAGCUCCAAGGCCAAAGAAGGAGCUCCCAGGAGGACCCCCUCUCCCCAGUCUUCCUUCCCAGUGCCUGCCUUUCUGUGAGGAGUGUCAGCCUGGAACAUGCCACAAGAUGGGAUCAGCAGUGUGAAUCAGCUGGGGGGGCUUUUUGUGAAUGGCCGGCCCCUGCCCCUGGACACCCGGCAGCAGAUUGUGCGACUGGCAGUCAGCGGGAUGCGGCCCUGUGACAUCUCACGGAGCCUUAAGGUAUCUAAUGGCUGUGUGAGCAAGAUCCUAGCGCGUUACUACCGCACAGGUGUCUUGGAGCCCAAGGGGAUUGGGGGAAGCAAGCCCCGUCUAGCCACACCCCCUGUGGUAGCUCGAAUUGCCCAGCUGAAGGGUGAGUGCCCUUCCCUCUUUGCCUGGGAGAUCCAACGCCAGCUCUGUGCAGAAGGGCUUUGCACCCAGGACAAGACUCCAAGUGUCUCCUCCAUCAACCGAGUCCUGCGGGAGCUACAGGAGGACCACCGACUGCCCUGGGCCCAGCUCAGGUCGCCAGAUGUUUUGACUCCAGUUCCUCACCCCCCCCAUAGUGGCUGUGAGGUUUCCCGUGGUCCCCAUCCAGGUACUGGCCACCGGAAUCGGACCAUCUUCUCCCGGGGCCAAGCUGAGGCGCUGGAGAAAGAGUUCCAGCGUGGGCAGUAUCCUGAUUCAGUGGCCCGUGGAAAGCUGGCUGCUGCCACCUCUCUACCUGAGGACACAGUUAGGGUCUGGUUUUCCAACCGAAGAGCCAAAUGGCGCCGACAAGAGAAGCUCAAGUGGGAAAUGCAGAUUCCAGGUGCUUCCCAUGUACCAACUGUGCCCAAAGCCUCCCCUAGGAUCAUCUCUGCACAGCAGCUCCCUGGGAGUGUGCCCUCAGCAGUCCUGCCUGCCCUGGAGUCUUUGGGUCCCUCCUGCUAUCAGCUGUGCUGGGAAACAGCACCAGACAGGUGUCUGAGUGACAACCCACCCCAAGCAUCUCUCAAGCCCUGCUGGGGUCACCUACCUCCUCAACUGAGCUCCCUGGAUUCAGUACUGCUUUGCCAUCCUUACCCUUCCUUCCACUGCUCCAUGGCCAGUCUUGGUGCCCCUGCGACCUUGCUCUUGUCCAGCUCCCCACCCCUGCAAGGCCUGGAAUGA